AAAUGCUAAAUCUAGUGAAACCUUUUUCUCUGUGUAUUAUUAUAUAAAGAUCGUAACACAUUAUGGCUAAUUACUUCGCCAAGAUAAGUUUGGGCUGUCUACCUCAAGGUAAUGUGUAAAUGAUGGCAUAAUUAACUAAUGUCAAGCUAAGAUAACUCAUGCGUUAUGUAUUACUUUAGAUUUUGAGUCAUUUAUCUUACAUAUUACAGCUCUGCUAUGCUUUAGCUACACAUGUAUUUUACAUUGCCUAAGAUUUAAAAUGAUAACUGUUAUUGCGAGUUAGAUACAGCUUUUUAUCGUGUUAUAUCGUGUAAUAUGAAUUCUACAAUGACAAGGAAGUACCGUACGAAAAUGCAUGAUUUCUCCUCUUCUUCUUUUCUUUUCGUAAGUUUGCAGCAUCGAAUUCUCUUAUCGUUUGCUACCGUUAUCUUUCACCAUGAUUCGCGAUUUAACAAAAGCCUGUCAUAAAUUCACGCUUAAUUCUCUAUGUUUUCCUUUCGUAAUUAUCUCAUUAGAUCUUUAUGGUGGCGAAAUACUUAGCCAUAAUUUUUUCACGAUCCUUACACAAUAAUACGGUUGUUUCGUAUCAUUUUCUAAUUUAAAUUCUUUGCCUUGGCGAGAGACGUUAGACUGUUUACGUUUGUUAUCUACUACCACCCGCAUUGUUGACCCCUUCCAGAACAUCCUCGAAGUUCGUUAUUAUUGACUAUCGCUGCCUUUAUAAUCGGCAACGGCUCUCGAUAACAUGAGCUGGUUUUUGACUUUCAACGAAGCUAGACUAUCCGAUCACAUACAAGACGCAAUUGAUCCUUUUUAAAUAAACCAGCAAGAUUAAUAAAGAGUUCGUUAAUCGGCGCCUGUACCAUCACUCGCUCGGAAAUUAAGCUAGAAGUUCUACCUCGUUUGCGUCAAUCGUAGAUUUCCCGAGGCUACACGCAAAAUCAUCACACAAUGGUAGAAAAUCAUCCAUUCUUGGACUUUACAAUUAAUUACGAUACGCCUUCCAUUGUAAUUUGUGUAAAAGAGGCAUAAUAAAAGAUAACAAUAAUUUGGAUAUUAGUGUUAACACUUGCUCAAGCGCAGAGGUGAAUUAUAAUAUCAUACAAACACUGUCGCUGUUUAUCAAUUUACCAAUUGACAGAUCCGUCAUGUUCUUGAGUGCGGUAUUGAUAAUCUUAAUAUGCAUUGGAAUGAACUACCUAAUCUCGAAUUAUCGUAAGCAACUACCUCUCAUUCGAGCGGCGAACCUUCUACCAGGUCCAAAAACGAAACCGAUUAUUGGGAAUGCCUACUACUUCCUCCAAAGAAAUUUUGACGAAUACUUGCAAAGUAUAUGUUUGCUUACGGAUAUUUACCCAUCUCCGUUUCGAUUAUGGUUUGGCAACAACUUACUUAUUUUUGUAACCGAGCCAGACCAUGUAAAGACGAUUCUCCAAAGUCCGAGUUGCCUGAAUAAAAGUAUGAUGUAUAAUCAUUUCAAGGCUUGGCUAGGAAUGGGAGUGUUUACAGCACCUGCACCUAUAUGGGUCGAACAUCGUAAAAUGAUAGCGUCAAGUUUUAAUACAAACAUUUUACGAGUGUUUCUCGAUACAUUUGUGGAACAAGCUUCGAUACUUAUGGACAAGUUGGAACAUAUGGUAGGCGAGGAAGUUGAUUUAUUUCAUUAUAUAGCAAUGUGCACAUUGGAUAUUAUUUCUGGCACUUCGUUGGGUAUCAAGUUGGAAUCACAAUCAAAUCAAAAUGAUCAGUACGUCAAAGCAUUAGAAAGAUUGAAAGAAAUAAUCUUUCAGAGAACGCGGAAUAUAUUUUUAUUCCCCGAUAUUAUAUUUCAUCUUACAUCUUUAAAUCGCGAGCAGCAGAAACAUUUAAAUUUCAUACAUUCUACUACGGAACAGGUAAUACGUCAAAAAGAAGAAGCGAGAAAUAAUCCGGAUACCACUAAAACCGAAUGUGCAAAACCUCCAAGAAGAGUAUUUCUCGACGUACUAAUGGAAGCAUCUAAUAAAGGCAAGAAAUUCACUCGAAAAAACAUUCACGAUGAAAUCAAUACGAUGUGUGCAGCAGGCACCGACACCACCGCAGUUACAAUGAAUUUUACAAUAUUUAUGUUAGCAAACCACCCAGAAAUACAAGAAAAAGUAUACGAGGAGUUAUUAAAAAUUUACGGCACACAAGAUCCAAAAUCCGCGCCUGUCAAGUUUGAAGAUUUGCAACACAUGAAUUACCUGGAGCGUGUUAUUAAAGAAACAUUGAGACUCUUUCCCGUUGCGCCUCUCAUCGGACGACGCCUUACUGAAGACUUAACAAUAGGAGGACAUACUUUGCCGAAAGGCGCCAACGCUUUAAUAACAAGUUUAGCUUUGCAUCGAAAUGAAAAAUAUUGGCCGAAUGCGUUGACAUUUGAUCCAGAUAGAUUUCUCCCGGAGAACAUGACCAACAUUCAUCCAUAUUGUUAUAUACCGUUUAGUAACGGUCCAAGGAACUGUAUAGGUAUAAAGUAUGCAAUGGCUUCUAUGAAAGUCAUCAUAGCUACUCUGUUGCGUACAUACACAUUGAAAGUGGAUAGGAGGAUUGAAAUUGCUGAAAUAAAAUUGAAGACGAUUAUUACGUUAGCAUCGUGCGAUCCUUUGAAAGUCAGGAUUGAAAAGAGGAAUUGACGGCAUA